AUGAGGAGGAGGACGGGGGCCGUGCCUGUAGGUGAGCUGAGGCUGAGCCUCCGCGCCGCCGAAGCCCCCCAACACCAACGCUGCUCCGUCGUCGUCGAGGAGAUCGAAGGGCUCCUCCGUGUUUACAAGGAUGGACACGUCGAGAGGUUCCCGGUCGUCCCCGAGGUCCCAUGCACGUGGUUGCCGGAGCUGGAAGUGAUCUCCGGGGACGUCGUCAUCGACCCUUCAACGCGCGUGUGGGCGCGCCUCUACGCGCCGAUCGCCCCCCCUCGUGGGAAGCUCCCCGCCCUGGUGUACUUCCACGGUGGAGGAUUCUGUGUCGGCUCCGCCGCUUGGAGAUGCUACCACGAGUUUCUAGCCAAGGUCGCCUCCCGCGCGGGCUGCCUGAUCAUGUCGGUCAACUACCGGCUCUCCCCUGAGAACCCCCUUCCGGCCGCCUUCGACGACGGCAUCGCCGCCGUGAAGUGGAUCCGGCAGCAGGCCAUCCACGGCCAGGAACGGAUUCGAUGGUGGUGGAGCCGCUGCGACUUCGCAAGGGUCUUCCUCGGCGGGGACAGCGCAGGGGCAACCAUCACCCACAACGUGUCCUUGCAGAUCGGAUCGAGACUAAGGGGAGUCGUCCUGAUACAACCCUUCUUCGGGGGAGAGGCGAGGACUUCGUCGGAAAGCAUGGCGGUGCCGCCGGGGUCCGCACUCAACCUGGCGGCCUCCGACGCCUACUGGCGCCUAUCGUUGCCACCGGGAGAGAGCCGCGAGCAUCCCUGGUGCAACCCGCUCGCCGGCGGGGCAGCCGCAAGGCUUGCAAGGCUGAUGCUGCCCCCUUACCUAGUGUGCAUAGCGGAGACGGACAUACUCCGCGACAGAGACAUGGACUUCUGUCGGGCGAUGAAGAGGGCCGGGAAUACCGUGGAGGCCGUGAUGCACGCCGGCGUCGGGCACGCGUUUCAGGUGCUGAACUCCUCCCGCGUGUCGCAGUCGCGGGCGCAGGAGAUGAUCUCCCAGCUCAGAUCCUUCCUCAGAAGAUAG